AUGCCGUCGAAUUGUUUAGAUAUCGUAGUAUAUAAUCCAUCGACAGGGAUUUACAAGCAUGUUGAAGUCGCGGAUUUGGCCUCACCGAUGACUUCAAAUACUUUUGGGUUGGGGUUUGAUGCUGCUAAUGAUGAUUAUAAGGUAGUAAGAAUUAUACACGAUAGUUUAAAUCAUAUAAACAAAAUGGAUGUUAUGGUUUAUAGUUUAAAGAUGAAUUCUUGGAGACAAGCUAAGAAUAGUCGUACGAUUGUAUCAUUUCCUUAUCACCAAGGUAAGGAGGUUAGCGUAAUAGACAACCAUUUACUUCACUGGAUUAUAGAGACAACCCCGAGUCAAUUGGAGAUUGCUUGUUUUGAUAUUUGUAAUGAGAUAUGGACGGAAGACAUCGUGUGGCCUUACUCUUUAGUAAUUGGAUCGCGUUUAAAACCACAAUUAGGAGUUUUAGACGGGUGUUUGUAUGUGAUUUUUAAGAUUCCAAGUGAAAAUAAAUUGGAUAUAUGGGUGAUGAAAGAGUACGGAGUGAAUGAAUCAUGGAUGAAAUUGUUCGAAAUAUCAAAUCAAUGUUUGGAACUACCAGUAAAUAUCAUCUAUGAUAGUCCUUGGCGUUUAAAGCUUCUUUGUUACACCAAUAAAUCAAAGGACGAGAUUUCAAUUUGGGAUGAUGGCUUAUCUAGUCUGAUCUGGUUUGAUCUAAAAAAUAACAAUGUAAAAUCGAUAAAGAUGAUACGUGGGUUUAAAUUACCUAGACUUAUAACCUCAGUUUAUUUAUGCAAUGGAAGCCUUGUUAACAUUCCUGGUGGUCGACCACUGCAAAUCAACAAGGGAUUCCGUUUUUCUUUGAAAGAGGUAUUUAGAAUAGCUAGUCGAAAGUUCACUAAGGGUUGUUGGUUGCCCUAA